CAUUGUGUUUGUGUGUGUGUGUGUGUGUGUGUGGACGUACAUGGGUUUCCUGUUUGUAGUUGUGUGUGUCUGCUCUUCUGCAUGCCUACCGAGAAACCAUAGACCACAAGGCAAUGUCAAACAAGUUUAAAUAGAAAACAAUGAUGUGGAGCACUGAGAAGAACUGACUUCAUUCAACUUGACCUUUAUUUAUAGAGGUUAUUCUCAUCCAGCUACAAUAUUUUUGGCAAGACAGACCUGUUCAUAAUCAAAUAUUUUUGGAGGAAAGAAAAUGAAGACAAACUUUUCCUGUGGACACAUUAACAUGGAAUUCACUCACACGUUUUUACCUACAGUGUAUAUGUCAGUGUUUAUUGUCGGUCUUGUUGCUAACUGCUGGGGACUAAAAUCCUUGUUUGCGAACUGGAAGAAAUUCGGAAAUAUCAACAUUUUUGUUCUGAACCUUGGAGUUGCAGAUAUUCUGUAUUUGCUCACUCUUCCAUUUCUGUUUACGUACUACUCAGCAGGCAGUCACUGGGCCUUUGGACAAGUCUUCUGCAAGAUUACAAGAUUCUGCUUCAAUUUGAACUUGUAUGGCAGUAUUGGUUUCCUCACGUGUAUUAGUGUAUACAGGUACCUGAGCAUUGUCCACCCACUGAGAGUGAUGGGCAGGAUAACAAGGGGCCACUCUGUAGUCAUCACAGCUGUAAUUUGGGGUUUAGUCUGCAUUGAGAGUAUUCCUGAUAUGUUCUUUGACAAAACAUUACUCAACUCUUCUUCAGGGAAUGUCAAAUGCGUUGACACCACCUCCAACUUCUCUACCAAGGAAUACCUGGACUACAGUAUUGCGUGGACAGUAUCUGGAUUUUUCAUCCCUCUGCUCAUCAUAUUGGGUUGCUAUGGACAUGUGGCUGUGGUCCUCUUAAACAACCCCAACAUUGACCAAGUGAUGAAGCAAAGAUGCCUAAAACUGGUGUUCAUUGUGACUUUACUCUUCUCAGUCUGCUACAUACCGUAUCACAUAUUCAGAAAUCUAAACCUGAAGACUAGGAUUUUGAAAAGCAAAGGCACGUGUGAGGAUUGGUUUGCUGGCAUCUACAUUGCUCACCAAGUCAGCCGAGCACUCGUGUGUCUAAACAGUGCCAUCAACCCAUUGGUUUACAUCCACAGCAAUGAAAACCUGCUCGUACAUAUCACCAGGCUUUGGGAACGAGCUCGUCGGUCUGUGCCUCGGCUAUUCAACCAUCGCAUCCAGACACAAACCCCACCAUUAUGAACUCACAUUGAAAUAGCAGUGUAGCUUUGUUUGCUUUCUUGAGUCAUUCUGCUUUUCUCUCAGCAAGUUCUAAUGUGUUUAUUACUGUGCAUAUUAUUGUUUGAAUAGGGAAGUUCAAAGUACAGUUCCCAGAUUUCUAUAGGUCUCGUGUGUUUACUGAGCUGUACUAUAAAUAUGCGGAUAUGGAAAGUACAUUGUAUUCCUUGCAUGGUCAUCUGCAUGAAUGUACAUUCCUGGUUAUUCAUUGUAUCUAAGAGAUGUAAAUAUACAGUAUAUUCAACUGAUAGAUGUAAAGAUUUUGUAAAUGUAUAAUAUUGUCAGACAGUUGCAACUAAGCACACAGUAGGCUGUAUUGGUUUAUGGCGCUUUGUAUUAAGGAUACGAUAAGAGCCAUGUGAAAACACAAAGUGCUGUGAAUGCAUUUGCAGAAGAACAGGAAACGUUGUUUUCACGAAAGGUGUAAAUCUGCUUUCAAAAUGUAAAGUUAUCACCACUUAAGGAUUUC